GUUUUUUUUAAGGAACUGAGUGCAGAUAGUCAGUUGUCAACAGGCUGAGCGAGAAAACGAGCCGUAGAUACUACAUGGUACGUGGAGCUGAUAAUACAAACGUUACUGUUCGUUACCGUGUGGAGAAAAACCAUACGACUCGUCUCGGAAGUUCACAUUUGUAUCAGUAUUUCCGUAUAAAAAUGAAGCCCCCCGGACACGAAGCCCCCUUAGCAUCAUGGACAUGUGCAACCUGACUCUGCAGGAGGCAAAUGCAAGUCCCAGGCUGGAUUGAAUGGCACUGAGGAUACAAGACUCAGUGGCAGUACUGCAAUGACUAGCCGAGAUCCUAGCCAUGCAGAGAGCGCCCACUCCACAGAAAAACCACCACCUGCCUUGUCCCCCAAGCUCCAUGUCCUGCGAUCGCCAUCAAAGGACAACAUCACCAUCCACUUCUCAGCUCUUGGGAAGGAGGAAGAGGAGGACGAAGAAGAGCUCUACUGGACAACUAUCUCCACUCCCUCAGGAGCUCAGGACGACUCAAACAUUGUGACAGCCGUAGAAGCAAGUGAAGAGAUGUACGAUUGCAUUCCAUCAGAGUCUGCGGCCAAGGCUGCUGUCAUGCCUGACUCAUCCGGACUAUCUUCAGUUUCUAAACAUCACACUAAUCGUUCUCCAGCAGAAACUUCGCCAUCGCAUACUGCUGAGCAAAAAGGCUCAACUUACAAUCCCUCUCCAACUAAAUCUUUGAGCUUUCCCUCCAGUGACAACCCCUUCUUCAGCAUGGUGAAGUCUCUCUCGUCCGACAAUGAUUCUGGUGACGGGAUCCCUUCUGUUUCUGCUCCCACAGUGAGGCAUAGGCAACUGAUGAAAAAUCUCGUCAAAUCCUUGUCUUCAGACACAUCCCAGGAAUCUUCUUCUUCGUCGUCGUCCUCCUCCACACCCUUCCGUCUUCCAGACUCCCGCCUUAACCUGCAACUCUUCAAGCAAUUCACACAGUCUCGGAUGCCUUCUGCUACCACGACGUCAGCUGGGGAUUCUAAAACUGCACCUUCUUCUCCAUUAAUCACGACGGAUGCCCGCAGCUUCUUCAAGGUCUCAGAAGUCGAGGCAAGAAUCGAAGACACUAAGCGGCGUCUUUCUGAGGCCAUCUCCGAACCACUCCAACUGCUGAGAGAGAUGAUGGACGAAAAGACUGGCAGCAGCAUUUACCGGCCGAAAGUUCUGUCUGCCAGUGCCUCGGAACUCUCCAUUUCCUCUAUCAAUGUUCAACUGGAGAGCAACAACAACUACUGCAUCAAGGAGGAAGAAGGAGUUGACCUAGAAGCUGAAGCCCUUAACAGCGAGGCUUCUGGUACAACUGAAACAUCUGUUCUUUCCUCUGUUGACACUAAGAGCCCCAACAAAUCUUUACUUUCAAUGUCAUUGGACAAAUGCUCGAUGUCUGCUCUCGCUAAACAAGACGAUGAGGACUAUUGCAUCCUGUACAGUGAGGACUUUGAGACUUGUGACAACACAGCAGGUGAUAGAACUGAUGAUACCAGAACUGGGAGUCAAACUAAAGAGCCACUAAGUGGAAGUACAGAACUGUGCAGCGAAGAUGAAUCUGACAGGUUUGAGCCUGUACCCAGUGUUCCACACUAUACACUGGUCAUCCUUACUGUACUGGUGUAUGGGUGUUUUGUAUUACCUCUGCCGAGUUACGUAGGAGGAGUGCUGCUUGGGAUUGGGCUUGGGUUUCUUUUAGCUAUUGGCGUUGUGUGGCUGACGGGACCUAAACCUUCUGGCAGUGCUUUUAGACAUUCCAUACAGCGUGGGAAGCUGUGGGAUGUCACCAGGUUGGAUAUUAAGGAACCAGAAAUCUACAAGGGCUGGAUGAAUGAGAUAUCGAACUAUGACGCAGAGACGUACCAUGCCACACUGACACACUCUGUGUACGUCCGCUUGGAGGGCUCCAUCAUUCGUCUGUCUAAACCCAACCAUAACGUCGCCCGCCGUUCCACACACAAUGAACCAAAACCUGAUAUCCAGUACAUCAGUCAGAAGAUAUACGACAUCACCAACAGCAAAGUAUAUCUAGCCCCUCAGAGCCUGGCCAGGAAACGUAUAUGGAACAAAAAAUACCCCAUCUGCAUUGAACUUGCCAAACAGGAUGACUUCAUGUCAAAGACUGAGGGGGAGUCCAGCGAGAGCCUCAGCACAAGGGACAGGGGGGCUCAGGAGCGAGGGGGGUCCUCCUCCAGUAGAGAGCUCACCCUCUAUCUGUUCGGAAGGACGGGGAGGGAGAAGGAGGAGUGGUUCCAGCGCGCUCUGUCUGCAUCCAAGCUAAAAGCGGACACAAAGAAAACUGGAAGUGUUGCAGCAACUAAGAACGCUCCGAUCUCUCACAGUCGCAGCAGCAGUCGCGGCAGUUUGGACGAAGCUCUAGCAUCUCAGCCCAGGUCGAAAGACUCCUCGGUAUCCUCAACAACAGCAAGCGGUGCCAGAACCAAACCGCUGCUGGACUACAACGUAUACAUGGCCUCCUUACUGCCAAAACAGGCGGUAGUCAGCCCUGCAGUGGCCAGCCCUGCUCCUCAGAGUCCUCAGAGCAGCCCGGGGGUAGAUAAGAAGCUCCAGAGCACCACUUCAUCUCAGCCGCCGCCCAGGGAGGAGGGAGAGGAGGAGGUGAUGGAGGAGGAUCAUGUUGCCUGGCUGAAUGCCACUCUGGGCCGGGUCUUCUGGGACUUCCUGUGUGAGCCGUACUGGGCUGAGCUGGUGUCCAAGAAGAUUCAGAUGAAGCUCAGCAAGAUACGGUUACCUUACUUCAUGAAUGAGCUAACCCUGACAGAACUGGACAUGGGCUCGGCCACUCCCAGAAUCCUCGGGGCAUCCAAACCCUCCAUUGACUACAGAGGUCUGUGGUUUGACCUGGAGAUGUCCUACAGUGGCUCCUUCCUGAUGACCCUGGAAACCAAGAUGAACCUGAUCCGCCUGGGCAAGGAGGGAGAAAGUGACCGCUUUGGGGAAUUUGGGAAAGAUGGAUGCAGGCCCCGGACGUACUGCCUGGCUGAUAGUGAUGAAGAGUCGUCCAGCGCUGGCUCUUCGGAUGAGGAAGACUCCUCAGAGCUCUCUAAUGACUCAGCCGGAGCAGAGGGUUUGGUUGGAGGCCACAAACCCAGCAAGAUCAUGCGCUUCGUGGACAAGAUCACAAAGUCCAAAUACUUCCAGAAGGCCACAGAAACGGAGUUCAUCAAAAAGAAGAUGGAGGAAGUGUCGAACACGCCUCUCCUGCUGACUGUGGAGGUGCAGGAACUCCGAGGAAUGCUGGCCGUCAACAUUCCCCCCCCACCCACUGACAGGAUCUGGUAUGGCUUCAGGAAGCCGCCUCACCUGGAGCUGAAGGCGCGGCCUAAGCUGGGAGAGAGAGUCGUGACUCUGGCUCACGUUACAGACUGGAUCGAGAAGAAACUGGACCAGGAAUUCCAGAAAAUCUUUGUAAUGCCAAACAUGGACGAUGUGUGGCUGACUGUCAUGCACUCCGCCAUGGACCCACGCUCGGCCGGCGGACCCUCAGAGGGCCUCGCAGUGGACCCUGAGCCUUCCCAGCCAGAGAAGGACAACACCUGCCAGCCCUGAAGAUUGUUUACAGUAUUUCCUCCAGCUUGUGAAGCCUCAAAAUGGGAGCCGAAGCCGCAACUGUAACACAAAUCCAUUCCUGUGGUGGGGGGUCAGAGGAAGCCUUAUGAGUUUUAAAGGGUUAAGGUGGAGUCGACCAAGCAAACACUAAAGACAAACUGCUGCUUGCUGCUCUGCUCAGCAGGAUUUAUUGUGCCAGAGGAAAAAGGUGAUGUGUCUUUGAAGGAUUUAUAAACCUGUAAGAACCUAUUGAAUAGGACUAAUGUGAAGAGUCAUGUUUGGCUCAGCCGGUUGAAGUUAAUAAGGGGAGUGUAUGGGUACAGUAAAUGUAGAACUUGCUAUGAACAUGAUGUGGAAGCAUUCACCAGAUACCUUACAGCCUGCAAACGACAAGUUUCUGCUAAGAUAGUAGCCCGUUUAUUAUACAAAUACAGUCAAAGCAGUUUUACAAUAUGAUUAGAAGGAUUUUCAUAUUGAAUGAUUGAAUGAUUGAGGAUGAACAAAGAUCGGAAAAGCUUAUAUACUUGAUGUUCGAUUUCUUACGACAUUUAGUUGUCUUAAUGUAAGUGGUUUUUGUUCAGGUGUUAACAGUUAACAGUAUUUAUUUGUGCUGUGAACCCACCAUUCAUCUGCCAACACCCCCUUGUUUUAUGCCAAUGAUGCCCUUAUUCAUGUGGAAAUAAUGCACAAGAGUAAGCAUACAUUACCUAGGAAAAGUGUCAUUCACUAUGUAAAUUCCAUACUAAUGACAUAACACAAUAAGUGCAAUGAUAGAAACACAAGGUUAACUAUGGUGUGAUCUGGUAUAAAAGUGUAUGUCUGAUAAGAAGUAUGAGACCUCUAACAUGUUUAUUGAAUGUAUGUGUGGAUGCUUUUGGUUUCUUUUUUUACCCAGACAAAUUUGACCGGUAUGCAAAUAAUUGCACAAAUACAUGUUUUGUCUUAUGUAACUAUGUUCCGGAGAGGCAAGUGAGAAGAACAUGUGGUGAUCCAUUUACAUCUGUCCUGUGUGUGUUACUAUGGAACAGGUGUUAUCAGGAAAAUCUUUCUAAACUUCUUUAAAAAUAAUUUGAGAAACGGGUGGGGGGGGGGGGAAAUAAUGUGUCAGGUGUGAGGAGGAUCAUUUUCUUUUGAAAACGUCAAAAGUUUGGCAGUGAAAAAAGAUUAUAAGGAUAUUUUUUGUAUGUAUUAUUUCUCAAUGCAUUCUAACAUAUUUUGAUAGAGUGCAUGAGAAAAUGGACACCCAUGAUAACAUUAAUUUGGUCUUGAGAAAAUGGCGUAUUGGUGCCGUUCCGCCUCUUGUGGCCACAAUGAGUAUGACAAAAACACAAUCUCCUUCCAAGACUUCUUCCCCCAUGGUUUUAGAGAUUUAAAACAAUUAAGAAACUAAGAAUUAUUAUCCUUGCAAACCCUUUUUUUUUUUACUCUUGCCUCUCAGGGUUUCCAUAUAAACACUAUGUCAUCGUGCUUAUUUUUUCCAUUUGUGUCAUUUAAUCAUAUGAAGUAAUAGGUGGUGUAUUUAUCUAUACAUCAUUUCUACUUAAUUGUGUUAAUGUUGAUGAUGGUAUUGUUUGAAGUUAAUUUAAAUGACUACAUUUGAUUUGUGACAGUGCUUUAAAAAUAACUACCUGCCAUACUGUACGUGUACAACAAUUGGAUGAAGUUAAGGUACGUAGUGUAAAGUAAAUACAAUUGUGUGAAGAAUGUAGCCUCAACUGCAGGUUCCUUUUCUAAAAACACAUUUGAACCGUGUCAUGUUUCUCAUUAAACCAAAGACCUUUGAAUAGGCAUGCCACAUCUCUCUUCUCAAAGGAGCACAUCCUGUGGGGUAACAUUUACGAAUGUGCCAUCAGACCUGAAUUAACAUUGUUUUCAUUUUGUUUUGCUCUCUUAGGAUACUAAAGCACUGUAACACAAAAUGAAUUGUCUUUCUCUUAAUGCCUUGGUUAUUUUAUGUUAAGUAUUUGUAUUUGAAUGAUUACACAAGUUGGGUUACGGUUGUAUUUUGUCUACUUCUUUGAAAUAAACAGAAUGAAAUAAGAUUUUUGAGGAUAUAUGAAGAUUGUCGUGAUUUGUAUCUGUGAAUAUUAAUGACUUUUUAAGAUGUGUAACUAAUUGUAAGGCCAAAUUCAGUGAUUAUGUGUAUCUGCCUUAUUUAUAGAGCAAAAAUAAAUAUAUCAAUGAAAGCCUU